GGGAGGAUGCAAAGGGGAUCAUUAAUAUUAGGGGGUCCUAAGAAAACGCUGCAGCCGCCGUCCCGUGUCCAGUCUGUCAAGUCAUAGUCCCAACAGGGACCAAUCAAGGGCGGGCGAGCACGCUUCGAAACAAGGCGGUUGCGCGACGAGCCCAUUCUCAGGCGGUCGUUAAACUAACCUCUAGGCGUUGCAGGGUGCAAAGAAAUUUGAUUUUUUUUCCCCCCCUCGGUGCAGGCGAUCUCCGUGACUUCUCAUGACACGUCUCAUCACACAGAUAACGUCCAAUUCCUGGGUCGUUGCGAGUGAGACUACUUAAUACUUUUGGCCCCGUCGAUAUCCCGAAAGACCCGUCUGUAGGUUUCAUUGAGAGUCUGGAAUUAGAGACCUGAAUUUGCUAAAAAGAGGCCAGCAGCCCGAACGUCACACCCGCAAUCAGGCCAAAAUGGACGAUCACAUGUCCCCUUCAAGCCGGAAUCCAUUGACGACGUACUUACGCCAACUCCGUCAAACCAAGACAUCCUUACCCCAUGGCGAGCUUGUGUGCGUUUCAGCGUCUCCAAACAUAAGCACGGUGGCCGCUCUAUUAAGACUGGCUUGCGCCGUUGGCCCAUAUAUCGCUGUUUUACAAGUACAUGCCGAUAUAAUCGACGACUGGUCGCCUGAGGCCGUUCGAAGGCUAACAAAUGUUGCAAAGAGAUUUAGCUUCUUGAUUUGGGAAGGCGGGCGGAUUUUGAAUACAAAACGGCGGCCAACGGGUCAACACGCACUGUCGAGCCAUGAGAUAGCCAGAGACGUCGCUAUGGCCCGGAAACGUUACACAAAGGGAAUCAACGUAGCAGCAUGGGCUGGAUUGGCCAGUACGUGGGUUAUUGGAUCUGAAGGACAGGAUAAAGGCGGCUGUCAGCUUAUUCCCACUCUUCGUCGGGCUGCGCGAGAGACUGUAUCGCGGAUGACUACGUCCGUCCGCACGGAAAUCAGCGGAGGACAAUCACCAAGUAUAGAUGGAACUGACGAUGAUGAUUGUGGGGAUAGCCCUUGUGACAAUGAAGAACAAGACCAAAACACCCUUAAUACCGCGCUGGAAGAUUUGGAUAUCUCGCCGCCGCUUCGGAAAAGCUCGGUGAUAUCUCUCACAAGGACGAUUACUCAACACGAAGAACCUUCAAGACCUCCUUUAAUUGAAGUGGAUGAUGACUGCGAUUGUGGUGAAAUUAAUUCAGAGAAUGAAUCGGCAUUAGCCGUAACUGUGACUCCACCGCCGCUUCUUUCCAGGGGGAUCCUGAUUUACCUACCGAGCAAUGGCGAUACGCAAUCUAAGUCUCUACACAGACAGGCCGCAAUUAUUUCAGGGAAAACUCAUAAUGAUUUUGUGGUGGGAUUUGUGACGGAAGAGCCAUGGACGAACGUUCGGAGAGACCAAGCCCUCGCAGAGAGUUUACGCCGGGCAUGUUCGGAUGAACAGGAUGACCUCGACGAAGAUGAUGACGAGGAGGGGGGAGAUGGGAAUGGCAAAGAUGAGGGGAAUCUCAACAAUAUGGAAACUUAUGCGAUAUUCAGUCCACUUGAAAACGAUCAUGUUGGCUGCAGCACCAAUGUUCAUGAGCCACGUACAAGCGCCGGGGAGAGCCUAUCAUCACAAGGACAACAUUCGUCAUCCCGCCAUAAAUCAGGCUUAGGCACACAAGCUCAGCAAAUUCGCGCAUUGCAUCAGCUUGUCGCCCAAGCUCUAUCACUUCUAUCAACCAUGAGCCCUGCUGCUCCUCUGAGCUCUUCAGAUGCAAAGCAAGGUUGUUCAGAUAUCCUAUACAUCCCCGUCAUUACUAUGAACCUUUAAUUUUCCCUUGCAUUUUUGAUGCUCGAUACAGCACUCACUUUUCUCUCCAGAUAAUUCCUCCUUUGAAUAUGCAUAUGAUUUGCCUAUAAAGAUCGAUGUCAUUGACGAGCCUAGCAUUUGUUAGAGACCCUUUUAUCCAUACCUUCCAAUUUCGUUUUGGUGAUUUCAUUCUAUAUUCGGUGCGCGCUUGCGAUCACUUCGAGAUUCCCGGGAAAUGAUAUGAGCUUUAUGUGUUUAACGAGGUAAUAUGCGAUGAAAAUGAUUAUAUGAGUUUCAAUGA